AUGGAAAAUGAGUUUGCUGAUGCAUUGGCAACAAUAACAUCCUUGAUUCAGCAUCCUGACAGUAGAUACAUUGAUCCUAUCAAAGUUGAAAUCAAAGAUCGACCGACUCACUGUGCUUUUGUAGAGGCAGAGAUUGAUGGAAAACCUUGGUACGUUGACAUUAAAAUGUUCUUAGAGAAAGCAGAAUAUCCCGAAGAAAUCACUAUUAACCAGAAGAAAACUAUCAGGAAGUUGGCAAAUGGUUUCUUUCUCAACAAGAAUGUCCUGUACAAAAGAACCCUGGAUUUGGGAUUGCUUAGAUGUGUUGACUCUGUUGAAGCUACAAGAUUGCUUGAAGAAGGAUGA